GAGUUGAACAGUUGUUGAACAGUUGGGUAAAAGAGAAUCAAUUCAAUUUACUUGAUACCUUUUACCAACUGGUACCUUCCUUGUAGGACCGCUUCCAUUCAAUUUCCUUCUUCCCUGCGGUUUGGUGAAUAAUUUUACUGUUUGCCUUCCUCAAUUCCUACAAACGCGCAACUCAAGUACAAGCACAACAACCUUACGAAUAAUUGGAAAACUACAAAACUUAGGAUUCAGCCAUCCUUCCCGUUGGAUAUCGAAUCGGUUCUGAUAUCCGUUCAAUCAACAUGAUGGCGCCUCUUCUUUCGAAUAAGGCGGGCGUCUUGCUCACCGCAUUGUCCAGUGUCGGUGUAAUUCUCGCCGGACCCGUGGACAUUCGUCAGGAUGUCGCAGCACGUGCAGCCGACGUCUCAACCAUCACAGGCUAUGCUCAUCCGUUGACUCUCACUGCUCUACACACACUUCUCCCUGAUCAGUCACCCCUGUCUUACGCCUCACCUCCUACGGCUAUCCCGGUUCCGACUAGACUUCUGCCAGCCCCGGGAGACAAGGCCGCCGAAGCAACCGGCGUUCAGGUCCAGGCAGCAGGAGCCUCCGAGUCUGAGCCCGCGGCCUCGCAGACCAACGCGCCCAGCGCAACUUCCGUCUGCACCUCCAUCCGAGGCUCCUACCCGACGGCCACUAUUCCUAACUUCUGCAAUCCGUCGGCUCAGGUUAACGCGGCCAGCUUCGUCCCGGGCCGCACCGACAUCCCCACCGCCACCGUGACCAUAGGCGCCGUGUCUAACAAGCUCGACUGCUGUGUUCAGUGCGCGGGCAUCUUCAACUGCGUCGCCUGGCGCUUCGUCCCCGUGUACACGCAAGCGCCCAACGCGCACCUGCCCGGCGGCUUCGACCCCUGGGGCCGCGGCGACUGCGAGGCCGUCUACCACACCGGCAACCCGGACGACGAGCCCAGCACCACCCACGACGAGACCGCGGCCAACCUGUGCCCCAACGGAAAGGUCGGCGAGCUCCUGGCCAGCAAUGACGCCGCAAACGGCAUCUCUUCGACAACCAAUGCUACCACUCCUACUGGCAGCUGGACGAACUUGUACUUCAACGGCUGGAACGAGGGUCCCUGCGCCGAGCCCGUGGCUCCGUUCGAGAGCGGUAAGGACGCUGGACGAGGAGACGCGGCGAAUCUGUGCGCGUAGGUUAGGACUGGUUAUUUCAAAAUGGGCUCCGUACGCUUGAUGAAUAGGCCGCGAUUUCUUGUUUUACGGCGAAGGACUUUUAAUGUGCGAUGAUAGAUACACCGCUUCUAUUAUAUCUAGAUACCCUAGGUAGUUACUACGGUCCC